AUGCAAACCAGCAGGGCUCCGGCCAUCAGCGUGAGCGCAGAGAGCUGCAUCCCGGCUGGGCUGCGGCUGGGCCCCGUGCCGGGCAUCUUCAAACUGGGCAAGUACCUGUCAGACCGCAGGGAGCCAGGACCCAAAAAAAAGGUGCGGAUGGUGAGAGGGGAAUUAGUGGAUGAAGCCGGGAGCUCAGCUCUGGAGUGGAUAGGGUUAAUCCGGGCUGCCCGAAACUCCCAAGAGCAGACACUGGAGGCUGUUGCGGAUCUGCCAGGAGGACAGAUUUUCUACCGGGCGCUGCGAGAUGUCCAGCCGGGAGAGGAGCUCACCGUCUGGUACUCCAACCCCCUGGCACAGUGGUUUGACAUUCCCGUCACGGCCACCCCGACGCACGACGAGAAAGGGGAGGAGCGGUACAUCUGCUGGUACUGCUGGAGGACCUUCAAGUACCCCAACAGCCUCAAGGCCCACGUCCACUUCCACUGCGCGCUGAGCCACGGCCGGCCCUUCCUCCACCACGACCACGGCCGGCCCGCCGCCGCCGCCUUCGGCCUCCCCCCCAAGGAGCCGCCGGCCGCCGCGCUGCGCGGCCACCCGCCCCCCGGCUGCGGCCCGCGGGAGGCCGUCAAGCGGGAGGCCGCCGCCGCCUCCCCGCCGCUCGCCAAGCCGGGGCUGCCCAAGCGGGCGGCGGGCAAGGAGGAGCAGGAGCGCGCCCUGGACAUGAGCGUGGGGGCCGCCCGCGGGCCGGGGCCGCUGCUGGGGCCGGCGGGCGGCAACGGGCUGGCGCUCUGCCCCGGGGCGCGCUCGGCCUUCCGCCCCGCCGGGCCGCUGCGGGAGGAGGCGCGGGGCGCCGCCGCCCUCGGCUUCUCCAAGCUGCUGGGGGGGCUGAAGGCGGGACGCGCUGCCGCCGAGGCGCCGCCCAAGUGCGGGGCGCUGCCGGGCGAGGCCGCCCCCCCGGCGGCGGCGGCGGCGGCAGCGGCGGCGGCGGCGGCGGCGGCGGGGCUGGCGUGCGGCGGCGGGCUGCGCGCCUUCCCGCUGCUCUCGCCCCUGGAGGAGGCCUCGGCCUUCCGGCAGGUGGAGCGGGGGCUGCCCGCCGCCGCGCUGCCGCCCGCCCGCUACCCGCCGCUGCCCGGCGGCGCGCUGGAGCGCUUCGCGCUGCCGCCCUUCGAGGGGCUGAAGGCGUACGCGGGGGAGUGCGGGCUGCCGGUGAUGCCGCUCACCGUCUACAACGGGGAGCUGCUCUACGGCGCCGCGCCCUACUACCCGCUGAAGCUGCACCUCGGCGGCCUCCUCAAGUACCCCGAGUCGGUGUCGUACUUCGGGGGGCCGGCGGCGGGGCUGCACGCCGCCGAGCUGGGCUCGCUGGCCAGCAUCGACCGGGAGAUCGCCAUGCACACGCAGCAGCUCUCCGAGCUGGCGGCCGAGAAGGGCCGCGGGCGGCUGGAGGCGCUGCCGGCGGGGGCGGCGGGGGCGGCCGGCGGGAAGCCCAAGACCGGGCACCUGUGCCUCUACUGCGGGAAGCUGUACUCCCGCAAGUACGGGCUGAAGAUCCACAUGCGGACUCACACCGGCUACAAGCCGCUCAAGUGCAAGGUCUGCCUGCGGCCCUUCGGGGACCCCAGCAACCUCAACAAGCACAUCCGCCUGCACGCCGAGGGCAACACGCCCUACCGCUGCGAGUACUGCGGCAAGGUGCUGGUGCGGCGUCGCGACCUGGAGCGGCACGUCAAGUCCCGGCACCCGGGGCAGAGCCUCGGCAAGGCGGCCGAGGACAAGAGUGACUCUGGCUACGCGCACCCCGAGCAGGAGCAAAAGACUGACAACGAGAGCGACGUGGACGUCUGCUUCACCGACGACCAGAGCGACCCGGAGAGCGGCAGCAGGAACCGCCAGCAGUGA